UUUGUUUAGGCAGUAGGGAGGUUCUGUCAGGGUCUGGAUUGGAGUAACAAAGAACCGGACCCUACUUUUUAUGGUUGGAGUCUGAGGAGUAAACCCAGGAUUCCCCUUGCCUCAAAGAGUCUACAUGUCUAAUAUUUAGACAUGUUCAGCUUUGUGGAUAUUCGGUUAGCGCUGUUGCUGAGCGCAACAGUGCUUUUGGCGAGAGGUCAAGGAGAGGACGAUAGCGGUUUCGGCAGCUGCUCGUUGGACGGCCAACAAUACAACGACAAGGAUGUAUGGAAACCAGAACCCUGCCAGAUCUGCGUCUGUGACAGCGGAACCGUUAUGUGCGAUGAAGUGAUUUGUGAAGACACAACCGACUGCGCAGACCCUAUCAUCCCCGAUGGCGAAUGCUGUCCCAUCUGCCCCGAGACCGAUAACGAGGAACAGACUCCAGUGGGACCACCAGGAGAUCUAGGCCCUAAGGGAGAUCCUGGUCCCCCAGGUGUUCCCGGUAAUGAUGGCCUGGACGGCCAGCCUGGACUUCCCGGGCCCCAAGGCCCCCCUGGACCACCUGGCCUUGGUGGCGGAAACUUCUCUCCUCAGAUGCAUCAUGGUUAUGACGAGAAAUCCGGCGGCGGCGGCGGAUCCAUUAUUGGACCAAUGGGCCCAAUGGGUCCACGUGGUCUUCCCGGCCCACCAGGCAACUCUGGGCCCUCUGGUCACCCCGGCCCUGCUGGUGAGCCUGGUGAGCCCGGCGCUGCUGGCCCCAUGGGUCCCCGUGGUUCAAUGGGCCCCCCUGGCAAGAACGGAGAUAAUGGUGAGGCUGGCAGAUCUGGUCGCCCUGGUGAGCGUGGCUCCGCUGGCCCUCAGGGAGCUCGUGGUACCCCCGGAACCCCUGGACUUCCUGGGAUCAAGGGACACAGAGGUUUCAACGGUCUGGACGGAGCUAAGGGAGAUUCGGGUCCAGCCGGCCCUAAGGGAGAAGCUGGUGCCCCCGGUUCCAACGGUAGCCCCGGUUCCAUGGGUGCUCGUGGUCUUCCCGGUGAGAGAGGCCGUCCCGGACCCCCUGGCCCCUCUGGUGCUCGUGGUAAUGAUGGUAACUCUGGCCCUGCUGGAUCUGCUGGACCCACCGGCCCUGCUGGUCCCCCCGGAUUCCCUGGAGGUGCUGGAGCUAAGGGAGAGACUGGUCCUCAGGGCGGCCGUGGAUCAGACGGACCCCAAGGAUCUCGUGGAGAGCCCGGUAACCCCGGACCCGCUGGUGCUACUGGACCUGCUGGCGCCCCCGGCAGUGAUGGUCAGCCAGGAGGCAAGGGUGCACCUGGUGCUGCUGGUAUCUCUGGUGCUCCUGGUUUCCCAGGAACCCGCGGCCCUGCUGGACCCCCCGGUCCUGGAGGUGCCCCCGGCCCCAAGGGUCACCAUGGUGAUCACGGUCCCCAAGGCCCUAAGGGAGAGCCCGGCGUGAAGGGAGAGCCUGGUUCCACUGGUCCAGCUGGACUCCCUGGCCCCUCUGGUGAGGAGGGUAAGAGAGGUGCUCGUGGUGAGCCCGGCGGAGCUGGUGUUGUUGGACCCCCUGGAGAGCGCGGUAUGCCUGGUAUGCGAGGUUUCCCUGGCUCUGAUGGAGCUGCUGGUGGAAAGGGUGGUCCUGGUGAGCGCGGCGCUAAUGGACCAGCUGGAGCCCAAGGUGCUACUGGUGAGCCCGGUCGUCCCGGAGAACCUGGCUUGCCCGGAUCCAAGGGAAUGACUGGUAGCCCAGGCAGCCCCGGCCCCGAUGGGAAAGUUGGCCCCGCUGGUCUCCCAGGUAACGAUGGUCGUGCUGGACCCCCAGGCUCUUCUGGACCCAGAGGUCAGCCCGGACUGAUGGGAUUCCCCGGACCCAAAGGACCUGCUGGUGACAAUGGAAAGCCCGGAGAGAGAGGUGACGCUGGUGCUGUUGGUGGUGUUGGCGCUCCUGGCAAAGAUGGUGACGUUGGUGCUCCCGGACCCUCAGGCCCUGCUGGUGCUCAAGGAGAGAAAGGAGAGGGAGGUCCCGCCGGCCCUAAUGGAUUCCAGGGUCUGCCUGGUACUCAAGGAGCUACUGGAGAGCCAGGAAAGGCUGGUGAGCCUGGUAACCCUGGUGAGGUUGGUGCUCCCGGACCCAACGGAGCCAGAGGUGAAAGAGGUUUCCCCGGUGAGCGUGGUGGUAUUGGACCCGCAGGCCCAGUCGGACCUCGUGGAGCCAAUGGAUCUCCUGGUAACGACGGCGCUAGGGGAGAGCCUGGUAUUCCUGGUGCUUCCGGUGGUGUUGGAGCCCCCGGUAUGCAGGGAAUGCCCGGCGAGCGUGGCUCCAGCGGUAACCCCGGUGCCAAGGGAGAGAGAGGUGAUGGUGGCCCUAAGGGAGCCGAUGGUGGCCCUGGAAAAGACGGCAUGCGUGGUCCAACCGGACCCAUCGGAUCCCCCGGACCCACCGGUGCUCACGGAGAGAAGGGUGAGGCUGGUCUCGCUGGCCCCCCUGGUCCCAGUGGUGGUCGUGGUUCCCCUGGUGAGCGUGGUGAGCAUGGUGCCCCCGGACCUGCUGGAUUUGCUGGACCCCCAGGUGCUGACGGUCAGCCUGGCAACAAGGGAGAGCCUGGUAACACUGGCCCCAAGGGUGAUGCUGGUGCUCCCGGACCUGGUGGACCCGUUGGCGCUCCUGGACCUCAGGGCCCUGCCGGUAGUGCUGGUAGUAAAGGAGCCCGUGGUGCUGCUGGACCCCCUGGUGCUUCUGGUAUGCCUGGACCAAGUGGAAGAGUUGGCCCUCCUGGCGGCAGUGGAGCUCCCGGACCCCCAGGCCCUCCUGGUCCUGCUGGUAAAGAGGGACAGAGGGGUGGACGUGGUGAGACUGGUCAUGCUGGUCGCCCCGGUGAGCCUGGAGGAGCUGGACCCCCCGGACCCCCAGGACCAACUGGAUCAAAGGGUAACGAUGGCUCAGCGGGAGCCCCAGGACUCCCUGGACCCGGAGGUAUUGCAGGACAGCGUGGUAUUGUGGGCGCACCAGGAGGAAGGGGACCCAGUGGCAACUCAGGAACCCCUGGACCUGCCGGAGAGCCCGGUAAGCAAGGACCCAGCGGCCCAGUUGGUGAGCGUGGAUCCCCUGGCCCCAUGGGACCCCCUGGACUGCCCGGUGCUAAUGGCGAGGCUGGUCGUGAAGGUUCCCCUGGUCAUGAUGGUGUUUCCGGUCGCGAUGGACAUCCCGGCCCCAAGGGAGACCGCGGUGAGCAAGGUCAUGCUGGUUCUCCUGGAGCUCCCGGACCUCCCGGUGCCCCCGGUCCCGCUGGUGCUUCUGGCAAGGCUGGUGCCCGCGGAGAGACUGGUCCUGCUGGUCCCGCUGGCCCAAGUGGUCCUGCUGGUGGUCGUGGUGGUCUUGGCCCUGCUGGUGCACGCGGAGACAAGGGAGAGGCUGGAGAGAGUGGCGAGAGAGGCCACAAGGGACACAGGGGUUUCAAUGGCAUGCCCGGUGCUCCUGGACUCCCUGGCCCCCCUGGUGAGUCUGGACCUGCUGGACUUAACGGACCCUCUGGACCCAGAGGACCCCACGGUCCUAGCGGCGCAACCGGUAAGGAUGGCAUGAACGGUCUGCCUGGACCUAUUGGACCCCCAGGACCCCGUGGUCGCAACGGAGAGAUGGGACCCGCUGGUGCUCCCGGUUCUCCAGGUCUCCCCGGACCCCCUGGCCCACCCGGCGGCGGUUUCCACAUUGCACCCAUUUACCACCAGGAGAAGGGACCGGACCCCCUGCGUGGAGGCAGCUACAACUACCGCGCUGACGAGCCUGACAAGAUGAACGACCGUGACAUGGAGGUGGACACCACCCUGAAGACCCUGAGCCAGAAGGUCGAGAACAUCCGUAGCCCAGAGGGAACCCAGAAGAACCCUGCCCGCAUGUGCCGUGACAUCAGGAUGUGCCAUCCCGAGUGGAAGAGCGGCCAGUACUGGGUGGAUCCCAACCAGGGCUCCCCUCUGGAUGCUGUCCAGGUCUACUGCAACAUGGAGACUGGAGAGACCUGCGUCUACCCAUCCCAGGACACCAUUCCCAUGAAGAACUGGUACACCAGCAAGAACAUCAGGGAGAAGAAGCACGUCUGGUUCUCAGAGUCCAUGGACAAUGGCUUCCAGUUCCAGUACGGUAGCGAGGGCUCCAACCCAGAGGAUGUCAACAUCCAGCUGACCUUCAUGCGCCUGAUGUCCAACGAGGCUUCACAGAACGUCACGUACCACUGCAAGAACAGCAUCGCCUACAUGGACGAGGCCACAGGCAACCUGAAGAAGGCCCUGCUGCUCCAGGGAGCCAACGAGAUCGAGAUCAAAGCAGAGGGCAACAGCCGCUUCACAUACACCGUCAGCGAGGAUGGCUGCACGUCACAUAGUGGCACAUGGGGCAAGACAGUCAUCGACUACAAGACAUCAAAAACAUCUCGCCUUCCCAUCAUUGACAUCGCUCCUAUGGACGUUGGUGCACCUGAUCAGGAGUUUGGCGUCGAAGUGGGCCCCGUCUGCUUCGUAUAAAAACAAAAGAAUUAUGGACAUGAAAUUGUUUGUUUUUUCUAGCAGUCAUCUCUAAUUCUAUUUUCUAUUCAUUACCUACAAACUCAUUCGGCUGCCACUGGUCCACAAGCUUAAAACUACUCUGCUGAAGAUGUCAUUUGCGUGUUUUUGAUUCGGAAGAAAUAUUUUUUGGAACUGCUACUUCAACCAAAACCUACAACAAUCAAGGACACUUAAAAAAAGAAUAUUUCAUUUCAACUUGCAGCAAGAAAAUAAUGUAAAGUUGUAAAGUGUAAAAUCCCCCCUGGAGAAACAAAAUGAGAUCAUGGUGACUUUUUUUAUACCACUGCGGAAGGACAAUGAAAGAAACCAAAUGCUAUGUACCAUUGGAUGGUAUUAAAUAAAUCUUAAAAAUGACAGUGAAGUGUCUUCUUGUUCUAAAUUUACAUCUGAAAGUUCACCUUAAUUUUUAAUACCUUAAUGGCUACCUCAGAAAAGAAGUCCAUGUUACCAAAAAUGUUUCAGUAUCCCUAGGGCAGAUUUUACACUCCAUGCGUUUAUCAUUGGAAUCAACUGUCAAAGGUGCUAUAAUAUCAACUCAAAAGGUCCAGUUAUUGGUGUUUGAUGGAGAAAUAUUAGCAACAUCCAGUAAUUGCUUUUGGAUCUUUGGUGCUAUAAAAUCAAUACAAUGUAUAGCUUGUUUUCUUUGUCAAGUGUUGGUUUAUUAACAGUUCUGAAAUAUAAUUUACUGUGUGGAUAAAUCAUGCUGAUGGUUUCUGGUGUAGACUUAAGCGAGUGGUUUUGUUUUUGGUUGUAUUUCAUUUCCCUGACUCCCUGAUGUCGCACCCCUCUGACUGUUGCUAUCACUACACCACUAAAGUACCACAAAACCCCUGGUCUGUUUGUUUGUGUUUUGUUUGUUAAAAAAAAACAUUUUAGCGAAGUUUCUAAAAAAAAAAGAUGGGAAGAGUAGAAAAAAAUCGGAGAAGCAGACACACUUCCACGGUUUUGAAUAAAGAGAAUCUGUACUGAUGUUGUACAUGUAUAAUAAAUCAAGAUGUUUUUAAUUAUUUGGAUGCUGAAUAAAGCAUGUGAAGUGGUCUA